AUGGGCCAAAUAGUUUUAAAACUUGCAAAGAAACAUGGAGAGAAAAAACAAGAAGCAAAUGAAAACAUUUCCUUAGGAAACGAUUGUAGAUUGAACAAUCAGCUUCACACGGCUAUUGCACACUACACGAAAGCUUUGGAAAUUGCAAAGGAGCAUGAAUAUAAACAACAGGAAACGGCGGCAUUGUUUGGGUUAGGACAUGCCUAUAAUUUGAACAAUCAGUUUCAAAUGGCAAUUGAACACUACAAGAAAGCUUUAGAAAUUACAAAGGAGCAUGAAUAUAAACAACAGGAAACAAAGAUAUUAAUUUCGUUAGGACAUGUGUAUGGGAGGAACAAUCAGUUUCAAACGGCAAUUGAACACUACGAGAAAGCUUUAGAAAUGGCAAAGCAGCAUGAGUAUAAACAACAGGAAACACAGGCAUUAGUUAUGUUAGGCGAUGCAUAUAGAUGGAACAACCAAUUCCAAAUGGCAAUUGAACACUAUGAGAAAGCUUUGGAAAUUGCAAAGGAGCAUGAAUAUAGAGAACAUGAAACAGAGGCAUUAGUUGGAUUAGGACACGUGCAUAGAAGGAACAAUCAGUUUCAAACGGCACUUGAACACUAUGAGAAAGCAUUGGAAAUUGCAAAGAAGCAUGAAUAUAAACAGCAGGAAACAAGAGCAUUAGUUGGGUUAGGGCAUGCGCAUAGAGCGAACUGUCAAUUUCAAAUGGCAAUUGAGCACUAUAAGAGAGCUUUGGAAAUUUCUAAAAAGCAUGAAUAUAAAAAACUCGAAACAGAGGUAUUAGUUGGGUUAGGAGAUGUGUAUACAUUAAACAAUCAGUCUCAAAACGCAAUUGAACUCUAUAAGAGAGCUUCCGAAAUUCCAAAGGAGAAUGAUUAUAAACGGACAGGCGUAUUAAUUUGGUUAGGAGAUGAUAUACCCGAAACAAUCAGUUUGAAACAGCAAUUAAACACUAUGAGAAAGGUUUGA